GAUGAUGGCAGUCAAGGACAAUCGAACGUCGAUCUUGGAUCGUUUGAUCGAUUUGGGCUCGGAUGUUGGAGCAAGAAAUAACGAUAAUUACAAUGUUCUGCAUAUCGCUGCCAUGUACUCACGAGAGGAUGUUGUUAAGCUACUGCUGAACAAGCGCGGAGUUGAUCCAUUCUCAACAGGAGGAUCUCGCCAACAAACACCUGUGCAUUUGGUGGCCAGUCGACAGACAGGUACAGCGACCAGUAUCCUGAGAGCUCUCCUGGCGGCGGCCGGAAAGGAUAUUCGAUUGAAAGCUGACGGUAAAGGCAAGGUGCCGCUGCUUCUCGCCGUGGAGGCUGGCAAUCAGUCUAUGUGCAGGGAACUGCUGUCUGCGCAAACUGCUGAACAGCUGAAGGCAACAACCGCGAAUGGCGACACGGCGCUCCACUUGGCCGCCCGGCGGCGAGAUGUGGACAUGGUGCGAAUCCUCGUGGAUUAUGGGACCAACGUGGACACGAGAAACGGCGACGGACAGACGGCACUGCACAUCGCCGCGGCGGAGGGGGACGAGGGCCUCGUGAAGUACUUCUACGGCGUGCGAGCGUCAGCGUCGAUCACGGACAAUCAAGACCGCACGCCAAUGCAUCUGGCCGCAGAGUACGGACACGCGAACAUCAUCGAAAUCCUCGCCGACAAGUUCCGCGCCAGUAUUUACGAGCGCACCAAGGACGGCAGCACGCUGAUGCACAUCGCAUCCCUCAACGGCCAUGCAGAGUGUGCCACGAUGCUGUUCAAGAAGGGUGUCUACCUGCACAUGCCAAACAAGAACGGUGCCAGAAGCAUCCACACAGCAGCUCGCUACGGCCACGUGGGGAUCAUCAACACGCUCCUGCAGAAGGGGGAGAAAGUGGAUGUCACGACGAAUGACAACUACACGGCGCUGCACAUUGCCGUGGAGUCUGCAAAACCGGCGGUUGUGGAGACUCUUCUGGGAUACGGAGCGGAAGUUCACGUGUGCGGAGGUCGUCUUCGAGAGACGCCUCUUCACAUAGCAGCGAGAGUCAAGGAUGGGGAUAGAUGUGCUCUAAUGCUACUGAAAUCCGGCGCGGCUCCCAAUCAAACGACAGACGAUGGUCAGACUCCGGUUCAUGUUGCGGCAAAGCAUGGAAAUCUCGGUGCUCUAAUGUUCCUGCUGGAAGACGGAGGAGAUCCGCUCUACAAAUCACUGACCGGCGAUACUCCUCUUCAUCUGGCGUGUCGAAACUGCCAUCCCAUGAUUGUGCAGCACCUGAUCGAGAACGUCAAGGAGAAGCAUGGUGCUGAAACGGCCACAAACUACAUAAACUCCGUGAAUGAGGACGGAGCCACUGCCCUUCACUACAUAUGUCAAGUGCUAAAGGAAGAGGUGAAGAUACCUCAGUCCGACAGAGAAAUCGUUCGACUCCUGUUCGAGAACGGUGCCGAUGUGAGUCUCGUUACCAAGUCCGCCAAUGAGACUGCCUUCCACUAUUGCGCCAUAGCGGGAAACAACGAUGUCCUCAGUGAGAUGAUAAGCCACAUGUCGCCGACAGACAUCUCCAAGGCGCUCAACAGACAAUCCUCAGUCGGAUGGACGCCACUGCUGAUCGCCUCUAACCGAGGACACAUGGAGUUGGUCAACAAUCUCCUUGCGAAUCACGCUCGUGUUGAUGUUUUCGACAUUGAAGGUCGCUCGGCCCUCCACUUGGCAGCUGAGCGUGGCUACGAGCAAGUGUGCGACGCCCUGCUCACCAACAAGGCCUUCAUCAACUCCAAGUCGCGUGUCGGCCGAACUGCCCUCCACUUGGCCGCCAUGAACGGCUUCACGCACCUGGUGAAAUUCCUCAUCCGCGACCACAACGCCGUGAUAGACAUCCUGACACUGAGAAAGCAGACGCCUCUGCAUCUGGCGGCGGGAAACGGGCAGAUCGAGGUGUGCAAGCUGUUGCUGGAGCUCGGCGCCAAUAUCGAUGCGACGGACGACUUGGGCCAGAAGCCCAUCCACGUGGCAGCUCAGAAUAACUUCUCCGAAGUGGCCAAACUCUUCCUCCAGGCACAUCCCAACCUCGUGAAUGCAACUAGUAAGGACGGGAACACGUGUGCUCACAUCGCUGCCAUUCAGGGAUCCGUGAAAGUGAUUGAGGAGCUCAUGAAGUUUGAUCGGCAAGGCGUCAUUUCGGCACGGAAUAAAAUAACCGACGCCACGCCUCUUCAGCUGGCAGCUGAAGGUGGACACGCAGAUGUUGUCAAGGCGCUCGUUCGGGCUGGAGCUUCGUGCACGGACGAAAAUAAGGCUGGUUUCACAGCGGUGCACUUGGCGGCUCAAAACGGCCACGGCCAGGUGCUUGACGUCAUGAGGAGUUCGAAUACACUGAGGAUAUCCAGCAAGAAGCUCGGUCUCACGCCACUUCACGUGGCGGCGUUUUAUGGUCAGCAGGACACUGUGCGUGAGCUGUUGCUCAACGUGCCAGCAACGGUGAAGUCAGAUCCACCCAGUGGGAAUUCUCUGGUGCCUGAGUUGGGCACAGAGUCCGGAAUGACUCCUCUUCACCUGGCUUCCUAUUCGGGAAACGAGAACGUCGUGCGACUCUUGCUGAAUUCGGCCGGAGUGCAAGUCGACGCGGCGACAACUGAGAAUGGCUACAAUGCGCUGCACUUGGCCUGUUUCGGUGGACACAUGAGCGUUGUUGGACUCCUCCUCAGUCGCAGUGCAGAACUGCUGCAGAGUACAGAUCGCCAUGGACGAACAGGACUGCACAUAGCGUCCAUGAACGGGCGCUAUCAGAUGGUUGAGGUGCUGCUCGGCCAGGGCGCGGAGAUCAAUGUGAACGACAAGAAUGGGUGGUCACCGCUUCACAAUGCCGCCAAGGCGGGACAUCUGGACGUUGUGCGGUUGCUGUGCGAAUCAGGAGCUUCCCCAAAAAAUGAGACAAACUACGGCUGUGCCCCAAUUUGGUUCGCCGCCUCGGAGGGACACAACGACGUGCUCAAGUAUCUCAUGCACAAAGAGCACGACACGUACUCACUCAUGGAGGACAAGAGAUUCGUCUUCAACCUCAUGGUGGUGUCCAAGUCGAACAACAACAAGUCUAUCGAGGAGUUUGUCCUAGUCUCACCAGCGCCAGUCGACACAGCCGCCAAAUUGUCCAACAUCUACAUUAAUUUAUCAACAAAGGAAAAAGAGAGAGCAAAAGACUUAAUAGCAGCUGGGAAACAGUGCGAAGCCAUGGCCACUGAACUGUUGGCUCUUGCAGCAGGAGCUGACUCUGCUGGGAAAAUUUUAACUGCCAUUGAUCGGAGAAAUGUCGAAUUUUUAGAUGUCCUCAUCGAGAAUGAACAGAAGGAAGUGAUAGCUCACACGGUGGUUCAGAGAUAUCUUCAGGAACUCUGGCGGGGAAGCCUCAACUGGGCAGGAUGGAAAAUGAUGCUCCUGCUCGUGGCGUUCAUCGUCAUUCCGCCCGUGUGGAUAAUGUUCACUCUUCCGUUGGGGCACAAGUACAACAAAAUCCCCAUCAUCAAGUUCAUGUCGUACCUCACAUCGCACAUCUUCCUUAUGCUCCACCUCAUGGUCGUGGGAAUAACGCCGAUCUAUCCGGUGGUGAGGCCGAAUCUCACGCCUUACUGGUACGAGUGGGGCCUCCUGGUGAUGCUGAGCGGUCUCCUCCUGUUCGAGCUCACCAAUCCCAGCGACAAAUCCGGCCUGGGAUCCAUCAAGAUCCUGGUGCUGCUGUUCGGCAUGGCGGGCGUCGGAGUGCACGUGGCAGGGAUGAUUUGGGUGGAGAAGACCUACUGGCCCACCCUCAUGUACUGCCGGAAUCAGUGCUUUGCUCUCUCCUUCCUCCUCGCCUGUGUGCAGAUCCUGGAUUUUUUGUCCUUUCAUCAUCUGUUCGGACCGUGGGCGAUCAUCAUUGGCAACCUUCUGCAGGAUCUUGCGCGCUUCCUUGCCGUGCUGGCGAUCUUCGUGUUUGGCUUCUCGAUGCACAUCGUCGCACUCAAUCAAUCAUUUCACAAUCUCACGCCAGCAGAGAUCAGAAGACUGCCUAGAACUGCUAGGGAUGCUGGAUACUUUAGCGACGACUAUGUAGGAGCAACUGCCAGGACAAAACUCAAAUAUCGCGAAGAUCGUUCGUAUUACACGGACUAUCGUCGCAAACAUUCUACGGAAACCAAAAUGACACCCUGGAUUGCAUUUGAGCGGCUCUUUUUCGCCGUUUUCGGCCAAACAACACCGGACGACAUCAAUCCGAUGCGCGGUACACGUCCAGAAUGGACAGAGAAUCUCUUUAAGCUCGUUUUUGGCGUUUAUUUGCUGGUCUCGGUAGUUGUAUUGAUUAAUCUCCUAAUUGCUAUGAUGUCGGACACAUAUCAACGCAUUCAGGCACAAUCGGACAUUGAAUGGAAAUUUGGGCUAUCGAAACUCAUUAGAAAUAUGCACAGAACCACAACAGCUCCAUCACCACUCAAUCUCAUUACAACAUGGUUUAUGUGGAUUGUUGAGGCCAUAAAGGCGAGAAUGACGAAGAGAAAGCGACCAAGUCUUGUGCAAAUCAUGGGACAAAUGAGACAAGCAAGUCCGCGAUCGAAGGCUGGUGCCAAAUGGCUGUCGAAAGUGAAGAAAGACUCAGUGGCGCUGUCUGUGGUGCAUCUCUCUUCGCCACUUGGAUCGCAGGUGAGCUUCAGUCAGAUGAAUCAGAAUCGCAUCGAGAAUGUGGCGGAUUGGGAGGCGAUUUCGAAGAAGUAUCGAGCUCUUGUGGGCGACAAAUCUGAGGACUCGGGAUCAAUGCGCGAUUCCGAGGCGGAUAACAACUCCAAUGUGACGGAAGCUCCCGCCGCCGCGGCGGCUGGUCAAAUGGGCAACAAUAUUAAUGCGGCACAGAAUCAAGUUUAAAAGAAGCUAUAAACACUGCGUGUGCUAGUUUAAAAUGAUGAGAAUAUGUGAAAAGUGUUACUAUAUCCAUUUAAAACAUAACUUGUUAAGAGAUUAAGAUGUGUAGGUGUAAGAAAAAGUGUGGGCCUUCUGAGAAAAAAAAACAGCAAUGUUUGUGCUUUAGAUAUUAUACAGUAUAUUCAGAAAAUGUGUAAAAAUGGUAAAAAAAUUUAAUUAAGUGUACUUGAAUUGAUCAAAUUCAGUCAAGUUCUUUUGUAAUACUCCUCUGUAUGGGUUUGUAAGUGAAAUGAUGCACAAUUUAGCUAAAUUUACUAAUUAAUAAUGAAGGAAAUGAAUUCGAUUAUAGAAUAUACAAAAUGUUUUGUAAAUAAACAAUGAUAGAG